AUGAGCCCAAGUAACGACUCCGGUUUCAAGGUCGAGCCUUCCGACGGCUCGAACUAUGGGUUGUGGAGUUACAAGAUGAAGAUGUACCUGAUGUCGAAGGGGCUGUGGGGCGCGAUCGCGGGCGAUGAGACAACAAGUGAGGCCAAGGAACAGCAAGCCCACGCCGCGAUCGUGCUGAAUCUGAGCGAUUCGCAGUUGAUGCAUGUCAUCGACUCGGCCACUGCAAGAGAAGUGUGGGGACGUUUGGCGCGAUUUCAUCACAGUCAUGACAUGGCGAAUCGACUUUGGCUGAAGGAAAAGUUCGCGUCGUUCAAGUAUGCAGCAUCAAGCAUGAGCGGUCAUGUGAUGGAGCUGGAGGACCUCGUGAUGAAGAUGAAGCGCGCGAACUGCGGUCCAAGCGAAGAGGACGUGUGCGCGGUACUGUUGCGGAGUCUACCUUCAAGCUUCGAGAGCUUGGUACAGGCAUUCAGCAUGUCCGUCGCAAGCUUCAGUUUUAGUGACCUCGUGAGCAAGUUGAUCGCCGAAGAAGUGCGCCAGAGUGAGGCUGCACGGGUAGAAGAUGCAACGGCGCUCUACGCAGGCAAGAGGAAGGGUAAGCAGUACCCGAAGAAGCAACAAGGACGGCGCGCGAAAGGACCAUCAGGGACCUGCUACAACUGUGGCAAGGUCGGACACUACGCUAGAGAUUGUCGCUCUGGUCGAGGGCCAAGGGAGCACCAGCAUGACCAGUCAAACGUCGCGUUUAAUGCUUGCGAAGGUUUCGCGAGCGACAGCUGGGUCAUGGACAGUGGCGCGUCAGCACACAUGUGCAAGGAUCGAGAUGCGUUCGAAGAGUACGAAGAAGUGCAUCACACGCGCAGCAUUUCAAGCGCAAAGAGCGACGUGAAGCUGAAUGUCAUUGGACAUGGGACAGUGAAGCUGCGCGUCUGGACAGGGCAUGCGUGGAUCGACGCUCGCCUUGAGAACACACUUCACGUACAAGAUUUGUCCAAGAACCUGUUUUCGCUCACGGCUGCGGCAGCGCGCGGUAUGACAGUGGAGAUAACGCGCAACGAGUGCGUGGUGAAGCGUGGCGGCACACCCGUCGCAACAGGAAGGAAGCAGGGGUUCCUCCUGUAUCUCAAUGCUGACUAUGGUACGGAGUGCCACAUGGCCGAAGACGAUACAGAGCUAUGGCAUAGAAGACUGGGUCACGUGUCGUAUGGUACGCUAAAUGCCAUGGUCAAGGACGGAAGGAUCAAGGGCGCAAAGGUGAAGACGAACGUUGCGUGUGACGUAUGCGCAACGUCAAAGCAAGUGCGCAAGUCAUUCAAGACAAGUGAAGAAGACGCUGAAACCAGGGAGAGUUCGCGUUCCGACGUGGUGGUGGCUCCGACGUUCUCGAACCUAUCACGCCAGCGUCCAAGUCUGAAGAGCGACGUUGCGAGUGCGUUCAAGCGGUUUUACCAAGAUGUCAAGACAGCAUCUGGAACGAAGAUAAAGGUGUUGCGAAGUGACAACGGCGGCGAAUACCGGAACGAAACGAUGAGCAGCUUUUGCAAGGCAAAGUUCAUCAAGCAAGAAUUCACGGUUCCGUACAACCCAGAGCAGAACGGGAUGGCGGAGCGGAUGAACCGCACGCUGGUGGAGAUGACGCGCUGCAUGCUCAAGGAAAGCGGCCUCGACAAGUCGUACUGGUGCGAGGCACUAAUGGCAGCGGCAGACAUCAGAAACAUUCUGCCGAACGCGUCGAACAAGAAUUCAAGCCCACACGAGAUGGUGUUCAAGAAAGUUCCGCGCAUCGAUCACAUGCGCGUGUUUGGCGUGCGAUGUUUCUUUCUCGGCUAUGCGAAGGACCAAAAGGCGUACCGGCUUCUCAACGCGGACGAUGGCUCAAUCGUGAUUUCAAGAAGCGUCACGUUCGCUGAGCAUUCUGUCUCGAAAGCAUCUAAAAGCAGAGACACUCGGGUGUUCGAUGUCAUUGUAGAAGAGGAAAGUGUGGAGGCGUCGCUACCCGAUGAUGAAGACAAACCAGCGCCGGUGACCGAAGAAGAGCUACGCACCCCACCACUUCGAGCACAGAACAGCUCUCAUCACGGACCAAUUGACCGACCAAGCGACACCAUUCCUACGCGCGCAUCCAGCACACCCGGAAGAAAUGGAGAAGAAGAGUGGAUGGUGCGACCGGUUCGGAAGAAGCGCGGCGUGGUUCGCUACGAACAAGAAUUUCCAAGCCAUCGUCGCGGUCACUUCAAUUUGGACGACUACGAAGGUGACUUCGACUCUUUCUACUGUUUCUCGGCUGAAGAAGAUGGGGAACAAGCGUCCAGCUAUCAAGAAGUGAUGAAGAGCGGCUACAAGGAGGAGUGGCUGCAGACAAUGAAGAGCGAGAUGAAGUCGCUUGAAGAACACAGCACGUGGAAGCUAGUGGACAUGCCACCGGGCAAGAAGGCCGUAGGCUGCAAGUGGGUCUUCAAGAUUAAACGCGAUCCAAGUGGCGAGAUCAUCAAGUUCAAGGCACGCUUUGUUGCGAAAGGACUCACGCAGCGUCCUGGCAUCGACUACAGCGAGACCUUUGCACCAGUGGCGCUUUCAUGUACACGACCGGACAUUGCGCAUGCGGUUGGCGAAGUUGCGAAGUUUUGCGAGCGCUACGACAAGUCGCAUUAUACAGCAGCAAAGCGGAUUCUCAAGUAUCUCAAGACGACUCAAGACUUAAGCAUCGUGUUCAGCGGCAUCAACAAGGGAGAGCUGAUCGGAUUCGCGGAUGCAAACUGGGCUGGCGACCUCGACAUCAAGUUUCACUUUUUGGGUGAAAAGGUUGCAAGUGCAGUGAUCGCGCUAGAGUUCAAGUUGACAGAAGAAAUGGUCGCGCAUGGAUUCACCAAGGCACUUCCAAGAGACAAGCACAUCAAGUUCAUCCCGGGUCUGUGCAUGGCGGUGUAG